GUAACCGCGCCAUGUCAUUUUACGGUGUCUUUUUUACUCCAAGUUAAAAAUAUUCGACUAAAAAAACAUGGAUUUAGGAUCAGAAAUAAGCGUACAAAUUAAGGCAGCAAUCAAGGCCAAACUACAAGAAUUGGGUUCCUAUGUUGACGAUGAGUUACCUGAAUAYAUAAUGGUGAUGAUGGGAAAUAAAAGAAGUAAAAAACAGAUGUCUGAUGAUUUAACAUUAUUUCUUGGGGAUAAUACUGUAAAGUUUAUUGAUUGGUUAUUGAAUCUUGUUGAUAAAUUAAAAGAUGUAACAAGUCUGAUUGACUCCUUACCCUCUGACAACRCCACAGUGACAUCUAAUGAUACUUUGAAUAAUGGUAAAGUUGAAUCAAAACCCAAAGAAUACACUAAACCAACUGAAACCAGAGAUAAAAAGAAAAGCUCUAAAACCACAAGUAAAGAAUAUAGUCAAUCCUCUUCUGGGAAAAGUGUCCAAAGCAGAAUUGAGAAGUMUCAAGCCAGUAAUAGUGACAAGCAYGCRCACAGGAAAAGAAGAAUCUCUGAGUCAGACGAGGAAGAGGCCCCACUAAAGACRCGAAUGCCAAGUGUUGUAAAAGUACAGGAAAAAAGACCUUCCCUUCCUCCCUCAAAACAAGCAACAAGCUCAUUACUCAAGAGAGCAGUUGCAGAAGCACACAUGUCAGUUACUAAAAUGAAUCCUCCACAAAGUCACAUCUACGACCCCACAUCUCCCCCUUCACCCAUUAAAGUGCACAGUAUUGAAGAAAAACAGCAACAAAAAGAGAUACUUCUUCAACAACAUCGUGAACUUCAGAAAAAAUUAAAAGAAAAAGAGCUAGAGGAAACUGUAGAGGAUGGACCAAAAAUUGAUSAUCAUGAAAAUGAUGUACCUAAUGAGAAAGUAAAAGAAGUAGAUACAAAAUCUUCCACUCAUAACCACAACGUACCCUCCCUCAAUGUAGAAGUAGAGAAUGAACCUUUAAUUGAGUUGCAAGUGUCUGAAGCAGAAGCACUGGAGUACAGUUCAGAGAACAUCAAAGGGGAUAYGCGAAUUGUUGCUUUUGCCGACAGUCAGACAGUGAAUGACACAGAAGAAGAAAAACACAAGCGACGGAAAAAACGUGCCGUAAAAUCAAGGGAUCGUCCUAAAAGUCCCAAGUUCAUCGUGACUCUGGAUGGUGUAGAUAGUGAUUUAGAAGAAAAGUAUGAGAAGCAAGCAUCAAGGAGAUCAAGACACAAGAAGCAUAAAUCAGAGUUUGAUGAUUAUAUUGAAGUAGACACAUCCAACAUGGCCACCACACAAUUAGUGGUCCCGGCACCUGAAAAGCCUGAAUAUGUGCCGCCAGCUGUUGAGAAAGUCAUGUUCAGAGUCGAUCCCAAUAGUGAUGAUGAAGAGAUGCAACAGUAUCCAAUACCCAGUACUAAACCACAGGAAAGAUGUAGAUUCUGGCCAGAUUGUAGUAAUGGUGCAAACUGUCCAUACUACCACCCAAAAGCUCCUUGCAGAACUUUUCCAAACUGUAAGUUUGCUGACAAGUGCAUGUUUAUUCACCCUUCUUGUAAAUUUGAUGGAAGAUGUACAAAUGUAUCAUGUCCAUACACUCACAAACUUAAGACUAAAGUGAGAACCCCAGUAGCAGCUCCAGCACAAGUUAUAGAACCAAAAAUUGAUGAUUCCCUACCAACCCUCUCUCAAUUGACACCCUGUAAAUUCUUUCCUGGAUGUACUCGCACAAACUGUCCUUUCUUACAUCCAAAACCAACUGCAGCAAAGGUGUGUCGGUAUGGUGCUGCAUGUUCAAGAAUCGACUGCAAGUUCAGCCAUCCACCAAGUAAAGCCGCUUUAAAAUGGGUUUCGCCAUCGCUACAUCCAAGUGAAAGAGCUUUUGCAGUUCCUGCGGAAAAUGUAACAAAAUUGCCAGUUGCUUCGUAACAUGGGUUUGCCGAUUUUAGUGUAAUGUAUAUACAUGUGUACGUCAGAGUUUGGAGAUAUUCUUAAAUAGCGGGUUGCCUGUUUCAGUUACUGUUAGUGUGAUCCUGGAUCGAAUAUUUUAUACUUUUAACCUUAGAACCACAGAAAACUUGGGCUUCCUGUGCAAGGACUUUGGAGGACACUCGGUUCUCUAUCUCGUUUUAGAUUCGAAAAUAAUAUGUAAGAACACUGUGAAAAACGUUAUUCAAAAAAACCCAUAAUAAAAAUAUUCAACCGAAA